AUGAUCAUGGCGGCUCGCGCAGCUCCUCCCGUCCUACUGCUGCUCUUGUUCUUCCUCGUGACGGCGUCCCUGCUCGCCGUCGAUGCGUCAGCGGCGGCGUCGGCGCCCGGCGUGAACUCCCCGUUCGUGCUCGCGGCGGCGCGGACGCAGCGGAAGGACCCGCUCGACGGGCUGAGGUACUACACCGGCGGCUGGAACAUCAGCAGCGAGCACUACUGGGCCUCGGUGGGCUUCAGCGCGGCGCCGGUCUUCGCGGCGGCCGGAGUCUGGUUCGCCGUGUUCGGCGCCGCCCUGUUCGUCGCCGGGUGCUGCUACUGCUGCUGCCCCAGCCGCAGCACCUCCUACUCCCGCGUGGCCCUGGUCGUCUCGCUCCUGCUCCUCCUCGCCUUCACGGCCGCCGCCGCCAUCGGAUGCGCCGUCCUGUACGACGGGCAGGGCCGGUUCCAUGGCAGCACGGCGGCGACGGUGGACUACGUGGUGAAGCAGUCGGGCUACACGGUGGACAACCUGCGGGCCUUCUCCGGGUUCCUGGAGGCUGCCAAGGCGGCCGGCGUGGGGCCCGUCUCGCUGCCCGACGACCUCAAGGGGAGGAUCGACGGCGUCGUGCGCAGGGUGAGCUCCGCCUCCGACGAGCUCGCGUCCCGCACCGCCAGCAACUCCGCCAAGAUCCGAGACGCGCUGGACACAAUAAGGAAGAUCCUCAUUGUUCUUGCAGCUGGGAUGCUAAUCCUCGCCUUCGCUGGCCUUGUGUUCUCGGCGUGUGGAUUGGAGUCGCUGGUCUACGUGUUGGUGUUCCUCGGGUGGAUUCUGGUUGCGGCAACGUUCGUGAUGUGCGGCACGUUCCUCCUCCUGCACAACGUGGUGGGGGACACGUGCGUGGCGAUGGGCGAGUGGGUGCGGCGCCCGCAGGAGCACACGGCGCUGGACGACAUCCUGCCGUGCGUCGACACGGCGGCCGCCACGGAGGCGCUCGGCCGGAGCAAGGAGGUGAACUACCGCCUCGUGGACGUGCUCAACGGCGUCAUCUCCAACGUGACCAACCGCGACUUCCCGCCGCAGGCGCCGCUCUCGCCGCCGCUCUACUACAACCAGUCGGGGCCCCUCCUCCCGCUCCUCUGCAACCCGUACACGCCGGACCUCCGCGACCGCGCCUGCGCGCCCGGCGAGGUUGCCGGCCCGGACGCCGCGCGGCAGGCGUGGGGCGGCAGGGUGUGCCGAACGGCGGACGCUGGCGGGUCAGGGGUGUGCGUCACCGCCGGGCGAUUGACGCCGUCCAUGUACGCGCAGAUGGUCGGCGCCGCCAACGUGAGCUACGGGCUGUCCCGCUACGGGCCGGUGCUGGUGGACCUGGCCGACUGCGCGUUCGUGCGCCGCGCGUUCCAGGCCGUCGGCGAGGACCACUGUCCCGGGCUGCGGAGGUACAGCGAGCAGGUGUACCGUGGCCUGCUGGCCGUCGCGGCCGCUGGGCUGCUCUCGGUGCUGCUGUGGGUCGUGCACUCGAGGGAGAGGCGGAAGAGGAGCGACGCCAGGGAGGUGGAGCUCAUGGCGCCGCCGCCGCCCUUCAGGUACCCGCCGCUGGAGGAGAAGGCGCUGCUGCACAGCCCCAGAAGAAGGCCGUACAUGUGA